AUCAUGUGAAAACUAACCCAAAAUUUUGUUUUGAUGAACAGGUCUGGACUUGAUUAAGAAUGUCGAAGUGCAAGCAAUCAUAGGAACAGAAAAUUCAAUGCAAGCAAACUUCGUAAUAGAUCUUGGAAACAAAGCACAAGUACCCAUCAUAUCCUUCUCCGCAACAAGUCCUUCUCUUACCUCCAUUCGGAGCCCAUACUUCUUGCGAGCAACGCAAAACGACUCUUCUCAGGUCAAAGCUAUUAGUGCUAUUGUUGAAGCCUUCGACUGGAGAGAAGCCGUCCCUAUACAUGUAGAUAAUGAGUUUGGAGAAGGGGUUAUACCUUACUUAAUCGACGCCUUGGAAGAGGUUAAUGCUCGGGUUCCUUAUCGGAGCAUUAUCUCACAAAAGGCCACCGAUGAGGAGAUCGAAGGAGAAUUGUAUAAGUUAAUGACGAUGCAAACUAGAGUUUUCAUUGUUCAUAUGACUCCAGAACUUGGGUCUCGGGUUUUCGACAAAGCAAAAGAGAUUGGAAUGAUGGGUGAAGGGGGGUUUUGGGUGUGAGGACUUACACUCCGAAAUCAAAAGCGUUAGAUAGU